AAAGCAAAACAUCCAUCAUCAGAGGAGAGGACCUCGAAACGUCACAAGGAAGUGGCUGCAAAAAGUGUUUCGAUCCGCAUUUACCAGAGGAAAAGGAUUCCGGAAGUGAGUGGAAAAGUUUUGUUAUUAUCCUGGAUUGUGCGGUUGUAGGCACGGGAAGUGGUAGAUUGAGUUAAUGUUGAUAGAAUCGGUGCAAUAGUUAAUGGAAACAGUGAAGAUUGAAGAGUUGAAAGUGGUGCCCGGAGGAAGGUAUAGCUGGUCAGCUGCAGGGCAAGGACGACUUUUGUUUACAAGAUUUUGCACCUUUUGCUUCCGCGGAUCGGUAACUGGAUAAGAAAGGCGGGGUUGCCGCAAUCGAUUGGUGACGGAGUGGAAAAUGAGUUUAGCGGGACGUGUGAAAUGCCGCCCCGGAAUCGGAAUUUGCUAAAGUGAGAAAUCGUCUGCGUUACAAAUUCGGUUCUCGAUGACCACCAGCACGAUAUUAAGGAACGGUUUCAGCGCCCCAGUUCAUCAUCACAGGACAAGAUUUUUUCUUGUAAUGAUGCGCCUCAACCUGAAGUUUCUGCUAGUAUGCCUAUGCUUCGCCGUGUUCCUGAUCACGUUCACCCUGUGGACCAACUGCGGAAGCGAUCUGCCAUUCGCCCGCGGCCUCGUCCCCAAGUGGAACCACCGAUAUGAUAGUGACAAUCAACUGGAACUGACGGAGGAGAUCGACUGCGUCAUCAAUCAGGAGUAUACGAUCGGAUGCCGGCGCGAAGGAGACGAAAUAUAUCUACCGUUUUCUUUCCUGAGCAAGUACUUCGAGGUGUACGGUUCGCUCAAUACGGUAGAUGGCGCCAAGCGCUUCGACUGGUCCCACAGCUACGGGAAGGUGAACAAUCCGAAAGGAAUCUACGACCCGAAGGGGAUUUUCAUGUACUUUGAGAACUACAAUGUGGAGAUGCGGGAUCGGGUCAAAUGUAUCAGCGCGAUCGAGGGUGUUCCAAUAUCGACGCAGUGGGAAAGUCAGGGUUAUUUCUACGCUACCCAGAUUGCCCAGUUUGGGCUGUCGCAUUACAGCAAGAACUUAACCGAACCGGAACCGAGGAGGAAAGUAAUCGAAGAUGGAGAAAAGGAACUGGCCGACUGGAGAGUUCCGAAGAACAGUUCUCUCAGUCGUUCGUAUAUGAAGGACAAGGACACCACAGUGGUGCACUUUUCGACUGGAAAGCACUUCGAUAGUGCUAUAGCAUUGCCGAUGGAUCACGUGUUGGACUUGGUGUUAAGUGUGAACUUGUUACUAAGGCCAAAUUCGAGCUUCAUGGUGACCCUGCAGAAUCGAGAAACGCAAAAGUUAUACAAUGUGAUUUACAUCUUGGCGGAUUUGAUGAUGAGUGUACAGGACGAUAAUAUCUACUACGGGAUUGGCCAGAAUAGUACUUCAACUUGGAGAAGACUGACGCGAGAUUUGUUUGUGGAUCUGCAGAAGGGUCUACCGCAGUAUAUAAAUACGGAGAAACGGCGGAAGAUGCGAAGAACUGAGCUGAAAGUGGUGGAGAUAUCAUUUCUAGGAAAUGGAAGUUUCGAUAAUCUGACUUUGUCGACUAGCGAACAUAUCAGUCAUUUUUACGAUGCAGCAGAGUGGAUGAUCCGACAUCAGGAUCAAAGUACGGGAGGUUGGCCAAUUCCGGUACGGCGGAAGCUUGGGGUGGGUUUUGGAGAGCUGUCUCGGGGAUGGUACUCAGCAAUGUCGCAGGGGCACGCGAUAUCGUUGCUGGCAAGGGCGUAUCACCACUCGAAAGGUGAUAAGCGAUACUUGAAGGCGGCCCUGGAUGGAUUGAAACUGUUCAGGAUACCCUCGUACCAGGGUGGCGUAUUGGCCACCUUCCUGGGGAAGUACGCAUGGUAUGAGGAGUACCCGACGACGCCACCGUCGUUUGUGUUGAACGGGUUCAUUUAUUCGCUGCUGGGCUUGUACGAUCUGAACUCGACAGCGCCGGCCAACCAUUCCAACGAGGCAGCGUCGCUGUUCGAGCAGGGUAUGCUUUCGCUGAAGAAAAUGCUACUGCUGUUCGAUACCGGGUCCGGCACGAGCUACGAUCUGAGGCACUUUACGUUGGGAAUCGCUCCGAAUUUGGCCCGGUGGGACUACCAUGCGACGCACGUCAACCAGUUACUUUUGUUGGCGACGAUCGACCCGAACCCGAUCAUCUCACAAACUGCCGAACGGUGGAAAAACUACAUGCUCGGUAAGCGAGCGCAGCACAAUUAGUGUUAACUACACCGCAUAAGAUGUCAGCAACAAUAAGAAACAAUGGCUCUUCCUCUUCCUCCUAAUGCCUUACACAAACAAGAACAAAAAAAAAAAAGAAUUGUAAUCUUUGAUAAAAAAGACACGAAACACACGCCCACACACAACAUCUUUUCAACCAUAGUUUCUUCUUCAUUGUGUCCCUAUAUAGAACAAGAUUCAAACCCGUGAACUGUUACAUAGUAGUGAUUCUCAAAUUUGUCACAUUAAUAGGACCAUGAAUACUGAAAAAGUUGGCGAAAUCUAAGGCAGCACUUCUCUGCUUAAAUGGAGAUGUGUAGGUUUGGAUAAAACUCGCGUGUUUGACCAACAAGCACACGUCUAUUACAUUGAUACUGAGAUAAGACUAGGUACUACUAAAAGUAUGAAAAUAGCUUAUAGAGAGAGAGGGCACAUAAAUACACACACAGACAUUUAUACACACACACGUGGUUGGUUCCACAAAGUAUGUUAGAAGCAUAGAAACACACUGAAAAUGAUAGUGAUUGUGAUCGUUAACUAAAUUAGAAGCAAGUAAUCAACUGAACAGUAUAGAAGCACGUAACUGCACUCAUUUUCGAUUUAUAAGAUGAAGUGCACUGUAAAUAUCUUGUUUAGAGGGAAGUGUUUAGAAUGUUGUGUAGUGAAUCCAACGCAUAGAGACUUAGAGAAAAGGAAUGGCUGUUUGAGAUAUAAACCGUGAAAGGAUAGACUAUUGUGUAAGAUUAUAGGAAACAGUCUGAAAAGAAAAACUACAUAUUUCAAAGAGACUAACUUUCUUGCCUUCUUUUGUUGACAAACUUUGUUUCGUUAUUUGUUACAUUUGUAAUUCAGUAGACUAAAAUAUUGGCUUCUGUAAAAGCUAUCGCGUGUAAAUUAUUGGCUUUGAAAAGUCAGCCCAACCGUUACUGGGUAUUAGUAGCACAUAUCGGCGGUUAAUAUUGUAAAACAAGUAUUGUUUCACUUAUGUUUAAUUUAUCGAUCGAUUUGAGUUAGUUCCGUUAUUUUAAGUACUGAUGGGAAAGUGCACAUACGUAGAACUUGUAAAAUAUAACUGAAUAGUAACUUCU